CACCCAGCACCAAAGCAAACAUCACAAACGAGUUUUUAGAAACACAGCUGAACAGAGAAGGCAUCAUCAUUUCACCAUGGCCUCUCUCAGCAAAGCCAAUUCUGAAUUCUGCUUUGACCUGCUAAAAGUGGUGAUCAAGGAAAAACAGAGAGAUGAAAAUAUAUUCUUCUCCUCUCUGAGCAUCUCCGCUGCCCUGGCCAUGGUCCUACUUGGCGCCAGAGGCAAUACAGCCAAGGAAAUGGAAAAGGUAGGUCUCCCUCACUCUGCAAGUGCGGAAGGUAUCAUCAUUUCCUACUCGUCCAGUCGAAAAUAUGAAGCUGGAGGAGUCCACUCUCAAUUCCAGGCACUCUUAACAACCAUCAACCAACCUUGCACCGAUUAUUCUCUAAGCAUUGCCAACAGGCUGUAUGGAGCAAAGGAUUUUCACUUCCUUCAGCAAUACUUAAGGUGCACAGAGACACUAUACCACGCUGAGCUGGAAGCUGUUGACUUCAGCAGCGCUCUAGAAGAGACCAGAGGAAAGAUUAACUCCUGGGUGGAAAAUCAGACAAAUGGUAAAAUCCAAGAGCUGUUCCCUCCUGGCAUUAUCAGUAAUGAUGCUGUUCUGGUGCUGGUCAAUGCUAUCUACUUCAAAGGCAAUUGGUCGGUAAAAUUUAAGGAAGAAGACACUAAGGAAACAGCUUUCAGAUUGAACAAGAACGAGACCAAGAAUGUGCAGAUGAUGUUUCAAAAUGGCAAAUACAACCUGGCCAUCAUAGAGGAACCUGAGAUUCAAGUGCUUGAGCUCCCCUAUGGCAAGACAGAAGAACUGAGUAUGUUCAUUCUUCUACCAAAAGACAUCGGGGAUAACUCCACAGGCCUGGAACAGCUUGAAAGUGCACUUACCUGCAAGAAAUUUGAAGAAUGGACCAGUUUGGCUAAAAAGGCCAGCGUGGAUGUGUACUUGCCCAAAUUCAAGAUAGAGGAAAGCUAUGACCUUGGGGAAAUUCUGCAGGCUAUGGGAAUGCUGGAUCUGUUUGACCAUUUGAAGGCUGAUUUAUCAGGAAUGUCAGGAAAACCUAACCUGGUUGUGUCCAAAGCCAUUCAUAAGUCUUAUGUGGAUGUUAAUGAAGAGGGCACUGAAGCAACUGCAGGUUCAGGGGUUGUAGUAAUUCCUAAAAAUUUGCCAAUUCCUCAUGAGUUUAGGGCUGAUCACCCCUUCCUCUUCUUUAUCAAACACAAUGGAACCAACAACAUUCUCUUUUGUGGCCGAUGCGCAUCCCCUUAAGAGAGAGCACCUUGGAAUAACAUAGCCUUAUGCCUCAAGAGAAACCUGAAUCAUUGUAGCAGUGAGGGUACAAGAACAUUAGAUUUCUCAUGUCAAGUCAUGUCAAAGUCUUAAAAAUGUAUAAGUCUCUCUUGUUUUUUGUGCGCCAAGCACGACAUCCAGAUAUAAAAGGUUUCCUGUUUAAAAUACAUGCAAAUAAAUCCGUGCAAUCAUA